AUGCCGGGCAGACUGUCCGGAAAGGUCGCCAUCGUCACCGGCGCCGGUUUCGGCUUCGGCGAGGGCAUCACGAAGAAGUUUGUCGAAGAGGGAGCGAAGGUUGUGAUGGUCGACAUCAACGUCGCCAACGGCGAGAGGGUGGCCGCGGCUCAGCCCCCGGGGAGCGUCGUCUUCGUUGAAGGCGACGUAUCGGUCGAAGCGGACUGGCAGAAGGUCGUCGACACGGCGCUGGCGCAGUUUGGUCAGAUCGAUAUUGUGGUCAACAAUGCGGGUGUUGUCAAUAAAGCGACUCCCUCGAUCGAAAUCGCCGAGGAGGAAUUCGACCGCCUGAUCCGCAUCAACACCAAGAGCCUGUAUCACAGCGCCAGAGCGGUUGUGCCCGUCUUCCGCAAGCAGGGCAGGGGCGGCGUCUUUGUCAAUAUCUCCAGCAUCAGCGCGCCUCGCCCACGGCCGAAUCUGGUCUGGUAUGCAGCCAGCAAGGGCGCUGCCAGCGCGGCUACCAAAGGUCUCGCCGCAGAAUUGGCGAAAGACAACAUCCGCUGCAACGCCAUCUGCCCGGUGGCCGGAGAGACUGCGAUGGUCCCUCUCGUCCUUGGCAAGCCCGACACUCCCGAAAACCGCAAAUCCAUCCUCUCCGGCAUCCCGCUGGGUCGGUUCGCGACUCCGGCGGACGUCGCCAACGCGGCGGCCUUUCUGGCGAGCGACGAGGCGAGCUUUAUUACGGGGAUUGAGCUGCCCGUCGAUGGGGGGAGGUCAUUGAAUUAG